AUGAUUGUCCCGUUCCUGGCCUCUGUCCUCGCCGGCGCGGCCACAGUCGUCCUGUUCCGCUAUGUGUUUGCCUUGCUCCCGUGGUUGGGCCGCCGCGCCCUCGACACCAUUCCGACGCGGUACCGGCCAGCCGCGAAGCCUGAGGAUGAGCAUAUCCAGGUCCUCGUGCUCGGCGACAUUGGCAGGAGCCCUCGCAUGCAAUACCAUGCCAUCAGCGUAGCCAAGCAUGGGCGCCAGGUUGACAUUGUGGGAUACAAAGAGACGGCGAGGCAUCCCGGCCUCAUUGGGAACCCUCGCGUGACCAUGUAUGCCCUCUCACCGACCCCUGAGUGGAUUGCAUGGGGCACCCUGCCCUUCUUCAUCAACCUCCCCGCCAAAGUCAUUCAGCAGUUCUGGACCCUCUUCUACACCCUCAUGUAUGCCGCGCCGCCAGCUCGCUGGAUCAUCAUUCAGAACCCGCCGUCGAUCCCGACUUUCCAUGUAGCUCUCCUCGUCUCUCUGAUUCGGGGCAGCAAGAUCGUCGUGGACUGGCAUAAUUAUGGGUACUCCAUCCUGGGCCAGAAGAGAUUCCUUGGGCCUCUCGUGCCCAUUUACCGAUGGUAUGAGAUGGGGUUCGGCCGCUUCCUCGGCAACGCCAACCUCGCCGUGACAGACGCCAUGACCCGCCAGCUCCAAGGCGGCCGCUUCAACCUCAGGAACCCAGUCUACACCUUACAUGACCGCCCUGCUGAAAUCUUUCAGCCCAUCCAGUCCGCCAAAGCCCGGGCGGCUUUCCUAUCUAAACUGCCAGAGACAAAGUCCCAAGCCAAGGACAUUGCCAAUGGCAGCGUGCGCCUCAUCGUCAGCAGCACAUCUUGGACCCCAGACGAAGACUUCAGCAUCCUCCUCGACGCCCUCGUCGCCUAUGCCAACCCAGACGUCGACUCCAAGGCCGAACCUCCGUCGCCGAUCCUCGCCAUCAUCACCGGCAAGGGCCCAGAGAAGGCCAAGUACCUGGAGCGCAUCAAGGAGCUGCAGGAGGGCGGAAAGCUCCCGGGGAUGCGCAUUCUGACAGCCUGGCUCUCCAACCGCGACUACGCCACUCUGCUAUCCGCAGCCGACCUCGGCAUUUCCCUGCAUAAAUCGAGCUCGGGGGUCGACCUGCCCAUGAAGGUCGUCGACAUGUUUGGCGCGGGGCUGCCUGUCGCUGCAUACUCGGCCUUUGAGAGCUUCGGUGAGCUCGUCAAGGAAGGCGAGAACGGGUGCGGCUUCGAGACGUCGGCAGAGUUGACAGAAAUCUUGCGCCGGUUGUUCAGCGCAGAAGGCGAGGCGGAGCUCGCGCAUCUGAAGAAGGGGGCUGUCAAGGAGGGGUCGCUCAGGUGGGACGAGGAGUGGGAUCGGGUCGUGGCGCCGCUGAUAGAAGUUUCGGAACCAUAG